AUUGUGUGUAUAUAUUUUAAAUAAAAAUAAACUGUAAAUUGAUUUAUUUGCAUUAUUGUUGAGUGAGUUAAAUAUGAUUUGAGUGUUUUGUCCACAGAGCAGAUUUGAAGUCCACAGACCAAACAAAUCGUUCAUUUGUGUCAGAAGUGAUAUUAAAGCUGUUUUUGUCGCAGAUUAAAAUGUUGGAUGUCUCGAUCAGCCAGUUUGACUCGUUCCUCUUCUGGAGGCAGCCCAUCCCUGCCCUGGACCUUUCUGAGCUCGACGAUCUGGGACUGCCAAAAUCCAAGGACGGGUCUUUGUCUGGGAAAAGUUCUCCCAGGAUGGAUGAAGAUGACGGCAACUUGGAGCUGUCCGAGUUCUCCACCUUCAACUACUGGAAGGAGCCUAUAGCCAGGAUCGACAAGCUGGACUUCAGCCUGCUGCUGCUGUGAAACCACGCC